GGUAAUCCCGCCAUUCUACCACUCAGAAUGCACCAAUUUCUCAGCGCCCCCUCUCGCUAACUCACAACCCCGCCCACGGCCCAAAGCUGGAUCUCUAGCUCCGUGCGCUAGGAAGGGGUUUUUAAUGCCGAUGGGCCAAUUACAGCGGGUGUGUAUGGGCCGGCGCAGCCUCUGUCGAUCCCGCAUGCUCCCGGCUCGCAGUGUGAUUGGGCACCAUUAUUACAGCGCAGACUAUUACUUUUUUAGCAGCAGCUGUAGCUAGCAGGGUUGCGUUUCGUUCGGUAACCGUUGGGGGAGUAGGCCAUUGAUGCGGGACGGCAAAAGUAUUAAUAUGGAGGGAGAGCCAAGCCCGCCUCGCUGACGAUCUUCAAGGUGAUUCGCUACCAGAUCUACAAAGCUGAUUGGUUAUCACUGAUUUGCUUCAGAUCUAUAUACAAGGUUGAUUGUCACUGAUCGACUCCUCCAAGAUGCACUUGACACAUCUCCUUGCCCUGGCAGCAACCGCUGCUGCCACGGGCACCUCGUUCCCCGCCGGCUCGGCCGAGUCCAUUGCCAACAUGCGUGACAAGAUCAAGACAGUCGUCAUCAUGGUCAUGGAGAACCGCUCCUUUGACAACCUCAUGGGCGGCCAGACUGUCCCUGGUCUCGAGAACCCCAUCCAGACGGGACCCUACUGCAACCCGAUGAACAUUAGCAACCCUGCCGUCACGGGUUGCACGGAAGCCCUCGACUUUGAUUCCAUUAUUGACGAUCCUGAUCACUCCAUCUCGGGCAACAACUUGGAGUUUUACGGGUCCUUUGUGCCGGACAAUGCGGCGAUUACGUCGGGUAAAUUGACGCCCAAGAUGGACGGGUUCUUGACGGAGCAGAUUCGCAUUUAUAAUGGGAAACAGGACGAGCAGGUGCUCAAGAAGCAGGUCAUCAAUUAUUAUACGGAGGACCAGGUCCCUGUGAUUACGGAGCUGAGCAAGAACUUUGUCGUGUUUAACCACUGGCACUCUGACAUUCCCGGUCCCACCAAUCCUAACCGCGUCGCCCUCUGCUCGGGCACCUCGGCCGGCAAGGGCAAAAACAACUUCAAAUACAACAGCAUGCCCCAAAAGUCCAUCUUCCAACAAGCCACCGAGCUCGGCCUCGAAUGGAAAGACUACCUCGUCGACACAUCCAUCCAAGACGCCCGCUGGUUCAAAUGGACAUACACCAGCAACAACACGCACCGCGUCGUCAUGAUGCCCCAGUUCUACAAGGACGCCAAGGCCGGCGCCCUCCCCAACCUCACCUACAUCAACCCGUCCUGCUGCGGCGAGGGCACCAACUCGAUGCACCCGACCGGCCGCGUCUCCGACGGCGAGCAGCUCAUCAAGGACGUCUACGAGGCCCUGCGCGCUUCCCCUCAAUGGAACCAGACCAUGUUCAUCAUUACGUUUGACGAGACAGGCGGGUUCCACGACCACGUUGCGCCGCCGCGUGCUGCGCGCCCAGACAAUCUGACGCAUACGGAGACGACGCCGUCCGGAAAGGACUACACGUUCCAGUUUGAUAGAUUGGGCGGACGUAUGCCGACUUGGUUGAUUUCGCCGUGGGCGUCGGCGGUCGUGGAGCAAAAGGGCCGCAACUCGUGCGGGAAGGAGGUGAGUUAUCAUGCCACGAGUAUCCUGAGGACGUUGGGGUACUUGUGGGACUUUGCGCCGUAUAAUACGCGUGUGAAGACGGCGCCGAGCUUUGACCAUUUGAUUGGGACAACGUUGAGGGAGGAUGCGCCGGAGACGUUUCCGUCUGUUGAGCACUUUCGCCGUUCUGCGCCCGCCGUAGGAGAGUUGUAAGCGCUCUCUGUAGCAGAGUUGUAGAAUGAGGGAGAUCUGACGGAAAAAAGGAAUGGUUGGUCUGGACCAUAGAUUCGACCUUGCAGAUAGAGAGAGAAAUAUGGUAUAUAUAUAACAGCGUGUGCUUUUACAAAAACAAGACAAUGCAGGCAGACACAUUGCUAGUGAACUGAGUGGGUGGCAUUAGAGACGGUACAAGUCUAUUCAUUCUUAGUAAUAAGUUAUUCACAUCACAUCGUGUAUUUUAUAGGUUCUUCAGCCUCGACCCUCUACUGUCCCAGGCACUGCUUCUUGGCCAACGCAAUCUCAUCGGCCGUCAGCUUCUGCUCCGCCGCCUUCUUCGCCUUGGCCGCAUCAAAGCGCCACAGUCCGCCAGUCUUGUCCUUGUCGCCGUCGACAGGCACGCAACCAGCCGCGCCAAGCAGCUCUAGUGUCGCAUCCUCGCCCUCGACCGCCGUAAAGUAGCGGCGCUCCCAAGUACUCUCAUCGCCGUUCUCCUUGACGCGCAGCGCACGCUGGGCAGUCUCAAUCUUGGUCUUUUCCACAUGAACAGCAUCCAUAUCGCCCUUGCGAAUGCCCUCGGCAACGCCCAACCAGGCGCGGCGAGACUCGAGCGGGUGCUGCUCCUCAAUGGGCUUCAGCUUCAGCUCGGUCUGCGGGACGGCCACAGCGUCGUAUGUUUCGACUAGGGUCGAUUUCGAGUUCUUCUUAGCUGGGCCCUCGUAAAUCUCAAACUCCUUGUUCCAUUGGCCAGUCACGUUGUAGAGCACGUCCUUUUCGCUGCCAGUCUUGAAUAGCGUCGCCGUCACCGAGUUCUUCUUGCCCGACAGCCAGCCCUUGCCGCUGUAGUCAAUCUUGGCCGAGUAACCGCUGGAGCUAGUAAUAUGCGUGGAUCCGUCAAGCUCGACAAAGGGCGCGCCAAAGAUGAGACCCUCAAUGUGCAGCGAGGGCAGUGUAAUCAGGUAGGUCUCCUUCUCACCACCAACAGGAAUAGUCAACACGGCGUGACCAAUCUGCUUGACGAUAAUAGUGCUCUUGAAGGUCGCCUUUUGCGCAUUGUAGCCUUCGAGCUGGACGCCCGUCUUUUCGUUGCGGAUGCAGUAGGCUGUGGCGGGAGGGUGGUGCGACACCUGCUCAGACACAAGCGUGGUCUCACCAGCAUCAUCGGUCCAGGUGCCCAGGAAGAGCUCACCAAGAAAAGGGUUGAGGGGCUUCUUUUCGUUGCCAAACUCUUCGCUGCGGCUUGCAUACUGGUGCUUCAGGGUGCUGAGAAACCACUUGAGAACAAGAACGGCGCGCUUGGCAGGGUCGGCUUCGGCAGCGGGCGCCGUGAGGAUCGUAGGGUGCGUGGCCCAGUAUGAAGAGAAUUCGGUGAGGGACUGGGCGGAGAGGAUGAAGGGAGGGGCCGUGAGGGAGGCAAGGUCGCCGUUGAACGAGGCAAUGGACUAGAUCAGAAAGUUAGAGGGCGCUUGUUAGGUGCACACACUGCGAAUAGGUACCUUGAGGAAGGUCGUCCAGGUGCUGCUGCUCGCGUGAGCCGCUGGUUGUUCCGACAUGAUGAUGGAGAGGGGUGGUGGGAGAGAGCGUGGGAUUUGGCGGGGUGAGUUCGUAGUAGAGAAAGCAGCUGGUGUGAUUAGGUGACUUGCAGUAGAAAUGUUCGAGCAGAAUUGGAAUUUCUGGAAAUAAAAACUGGCGAAGCAGAGGAAAAGGAGGCGCAGCUGCGGUGGUGAUGAUGAGCAAGACAGGAACAAAGACACACAGGCUUGGAAAAUGUUGUGUGGACGUGCCCCCUCUUGACUUCUUUCCCGAUUGAGCGAC